AUGAGGAUCCAGUCGGCCUGGACACUGGCGGCGGUGCAGGUUCUCGGCCUGCUGGUUCCGCGAGCCGCUCUCUGCGCACCGUCCAUGGUGGUGGCCGAACGUGACCACGACCGAGACGGCCAGAGGAACAUGAACAUGAUGGUUCCGUCCGCAGCCCGGGGGCAGCUCGUCGAAGAGACCCGCGACGACUCUUCCUCUGACUUGGGCAUCGACUCUCUCUUCACGUUUUCCCCGUACAAGAUUCCGUUUCCCCCUCUCUUUGCCGAGUCACCGAUCCAAUCGUCAUCCUCGUCAUCGUCAUCGUCCUCGCCCUCUUCAGCGGGCUCCCGCGGCGACGGCGGCGGCGACGGCGAAAAAGAAAACGAAAACGCAGAUGAAACCGGCAAGAGUCAAGACCAACGACACCAAGGACAAGACGAUUCCACCAUCUCCCUCCCCUCCCGCUACUACUCGACCCUUCUGGGCCGACGGCUCCUGGCGCUCUCGUCGCACGGGGUUCUCACGAGCAUCUUCCCCUCGAACCUCUCGUCGGUAUCAUCCUCGGCCAGGACCGCGGGACUCCCGGCUUCGGUCGCCGACACGCCCAUCGGCCUGCCCGAGUACAUUGCGUCGUGCGAGGAGCCGAGCGGCAACCCGACGAUCCUGUCACUCAAGGUGUCGACGGCGACGCGCAACGCUGCGGCCGGCUCCAACGUCUCGCUCGCCCUCAGCUGGUGGGACGAGUACAUCCACCUGACCGGGCAGCGGCCCUGGGCUCUGGCCAACCUCCCUCGCCUCAGCUUGACCGGUUACCUUGAAGAGAUCCCUGCGCACGAGGUCAGUCAAAGGGCCAUAGAAAGUUGCUUCUUGCGCAAGCACAGGGACAGUGUCAUGUGGUUGCCCGGCCGCAAGUGGGCCGCGCAUCAGGGCUUCUGGACACGUCUGGUGGUGACCCAGGCGUAUUGGAUUGGCGGCUUCGGCGAUAAGAAUUAUAUCGGAUGGUUUGACCCUGACGAGUGGAGGACCGUAAGGAGAGAGGACUGGGAGGGGGUAAGGUUACCGGGAGAAAAAGAUUAA